CGCAGCUCUUAUCCGCUCCAGAGAGCGUUUCAUUUUAACAUGUAGAUAUGUUGUAGUUGUUUUAUAAUUAAAUAAAAAUGUCGUCGAAAGGGAUGUCGAGAGGUUUUUACUUUAACACUGUACUGUCUCUGGCGCGCUCACUGGCCGCUCAUCGACCCGCGCCGAUCGACAAGGUCCAGAAGCUACAAUGCAUGUGUCCUGUGGACAUCCGGGGUGUUUUCCAGCUGGACGAGAGAAGGAGAGAUGCUGUGAUCGCCCUGGGCAUCUUCCUAGUAGAGUCUGACCUGCAGCACAAGGACACUAUCGUCCCCUACUUGUUGGGUUUGCUGAAGGGAUUGCUAAGGGUGCAAUGGAUCGAAGAGAGCGCAGAGAGGAAAGGAAGAGAAACACUCCCUGUUGCAGAGAAUUUCUCCUUCUGUUUGGUGACGAUGCUCUUUGAUGUCGCUCAGAUGGACGAGUUGAAGAGAAUCCAGAUUUUGGAGGCUGUAAUGAAUCUCAUGCAGGUGCUUCAGGAAACAUGUCAGAACACUGAAGGUCAAGAUAAAGAGUACCUGUGUAAAUACACCAUGCCCUGUCUGCUUGGCGUGGUGCGAGCCUUCGGCCGCUACAGCAACACUGAAGAGCCGCUGCUGUCCAAGCUGUUCCCACGGGUGACCCCUCAACUUUUAGGCACAGGAGAGGUGGAGGUGACCCGACGGCGAUCCUUCAACGAUUUCCGCUCCAUCCUGCCCAGCUCCUUCCUCACUGUUUGCCAGAGUGACUCUCUACGUCGCAAAACCAGCAGUGUUUCCAGCAUCUCACAGCAGGCCAGUCCGGAGCGUGCCGGACUUCCUCCGAGUUCUCCUGCUGACCCCUCUGCUCCUUACUUUGAAGGUUCAUAUCUACCUGACGGCAGUACUGUGGAUCCAGACUACUAUUUUUCCACCAUAAGCUCCAGUUUCUCUGUCUCACCGCUCUUUACGGGCAGCAACAGUACAGAGUUUGAUGUACCGCUGGAUUUACUGAGACAUCUUCUGCAAAUGGUCGAGCAGUUUGUGUCAGAAUCCUUUUUGAAGACACUGGAUCAGACUAUGGUUGGAGUUCUGGAGUUGAAUCCAGGUGCUAAUCUGUUCUACAAGACCUUCAGUGAUCCUCUAUAUCUGGCUGUAUUUAAAAUGUUGAGGGACACCUUAUACUACAUGAAAGACCUGCAGACGUCAUUUGUGAAAGAGGUUCAUGAUUUUGUUCUGGAGCAGUUCAGCAGCAGUCAGUCGGAGCUGCAGAGAAUCCUGCAUGACGUGGAGUAUCUGCACAGCGAGUUAAACCCGCUCAAACUGCGCUGUCAGGCCAAUGCUGCCUGCGUCGACCUCAUGGUGUGGGCCGUCACAGAGGAGCAGGGUGCGGAGAAUCUCUGCACGAAACUGUCGGAGAAACUGCAGUCCAAGACGUCCAGUAAGGUCAUCAUCGCACACAUGCCCCUCCUCAUCUGUUGUUUACAGGGUCUCGGAAGGUUGUGUGAGCGUUUCCCAGUGGUUGCUCACUCUGUCACCAUGUCUUUGAGAGACUUCCUGGUUGUGCCCUCACCUGUACUUGUUAAACUCUACAAGUACCACAGUCAGUACUCUACAGGAACUGGAGAGAUCAAAAUCCAUGUGACCAAUGAGCAUUCUCAGUCUACAUUCAGCUCUCACUCCAGUAAGAAGAGUCAGCCGUCCAUGUACGAGCAGCUCCGAGACAUCUCCAUCGACAAUAUCUGCAGGUGUUUAAAAGCAGGCUUAUCUAUGGACUCAGUCAUUGUGGAGGCUUUUCUCGCCAGUCUUUCCAACCGUCUGUACAUCUCCCAGGAAAAUGACAAAGAUGCCCACCUCAUCCCCGAUCACACCAUACGGGCGUUAGGACACAUCGCCGUGGCACUGAGAGACACUCCUCGUGUGAUGGAGCCCAUUCUACAGAUCCUACAGCAGAAGUUCUGUCAGCCGCCAUCACAGCUGGACGUUCUGAUCAUAGAUCAGCUGGGCUGUAUGGUCAUCACAGGAAACCAAUACAUUUAUCAGGAAGUGUGGAACUUAUUCCAGCAGAUAAGUGUGAAGGCCAGCUCUAUGGUUUACUCCAACAAAGGCUACAAGGAUCAUGGAUACAGGCACUGUUCUCUGGCCGUGAUCAAUGCUCUGGCGAACAUCGCUGCAAAUCUUCAGACUGAGCAAAUGGUGGAUGAGCUUCUGGUGAACCUUCUGGAGCUGUUUGUUCAGCUCGGGCUGGAGGGCAAACGGGCCAGUGAAAGAGCCAGUGAGAAGGGCCCCGCCCUCAAGGCGUCAAGCAGUGCUGGUAAUUUAGGAGUUCUCAUUCCCGUCAUUGCUGUGCUGACCAAACGUUUGCUGCCCAUUAAAGAGGCCAAACCGAGACUACAGAAGCUGUUCAGAGAUUUCUGGCUCUAUUCAGUCGUCAUGGGCUUCGCCGUAGAGGGUUCAGGUUUGUGGCCGGAGGAAUGGUACGAGGGAGUGUGUGAAAUCGCAACCAAAUCGCCCCUGCUGACGUUCCCGAGUGGAGAGCCGCUACGCUCUGAGCUGCAGUAUAACUCUGCCCUCAAAAACGAUACUGUCACCGCAGCUGAAUUGAAUGAUUUAAGGAGCACCAUCACAAACCUUCUGGACCCUCCUCCUGAGGUCGCUGCUCUCAUUAAUAAACUGGACUUUGCCAUGUCCACCUACCUGCUGUCCGUCUAUCGGCUGGAAUACAUGAGGGUGCUGCGCUCCCUAGACUCGGAUCGAUUCCAAGUGAUGUUCCGUUAUUUCGAGGACCGAGCUAUCCAGAAGGAUAAAUCAGGAAUGAUGCAGUGCGUAAUUGCAGUUGGCGACAAAGUGUUUGACGUCUUUCUUCAGAUGAUGGCUGACAAGCCGAAGACUAAAACCCAUGAGGAGGAGUUAGAGUGUCAUGCUCAAUUCCUAUUGGUCAAUUUCAACCAUAUUCACAAGAGAAUCCGAAGGGUGGCUGACAAAUAUCUGUCAGGCCUUGCAGAAACUUUUCCGCAUCUGUUGUGGAGCGGUCGUGUCCUGAAGACAAUGCUGGAUAUCUUGCAGACCCUCUCGGUUUCACUCAGUGCUGACAUCCACAAAGACCAGCCAUAUUAUGACAUACCAGACACUCCAUACCGAAUCACAGUGCCAGACACGUAUGAAGCCAGAGAGAGUAUUGUGAAAGACUUUGCCGCCCGCUGUGGAGAAAUCCUGAAAGAGGCCAUGAAAUGGGCACCAUCAGUCACCAAAUCUCACCUACAGGAAUACCUGAAUAAACAUCAGAACUGGGUGUCAGGCCUGUCCCAGCACACAGGUCUGGCUAUGGCCACAGAGAGCAUCCUACACUUUGCUGGAUAUAAUCGUCAGAGCACUAGUCUGGGUACCACUCAGCUCACAGAGAGACCCACCUGUGUAAAGAAAGACUACUCCAACUUCAUGGCCUCCCUCAACCUGAGAAACCGCUAUACUGGAGAGGUGGCAGGCAUGAUUCAUUUCUCAGAGGCCACGCGGAGCACAUCAGACCUGAAUAAACUUAUGAUUCGACAAAUGACUAAAGCUCUGGACGGAGGACAGCCCGAAGCCUUUACUGAAGCCAUGUUUAAAUUAGCAGCACUGCUGAUCAGCUCCAAAGAGUGCGACCCUCAGCUCCUACAUCUCCUGUGCUGGUCCCCGUUAAAGAUGUUUACAGAGAAUGGUAUGGAAACAGCUAUAGCCUGCUGGGAGUGGCUCCUGGCUGCCAGGACUGGCAUUGAAGUCCAGUUCAUGCGGGAGAUGGCAGGCGCGUGGUUGAUGACCGUUGAGCUGAAGAUGGGGCUGUUCUCAGACGCUCAGGUGGAGGCGGACCCUCUCGCGGCCUCAGAGGAGAGCCAGCCCAUCCCCUGCCCACCCGACGUCACGCCCCACUACAUCUGGAUAGAGUUCCUGGUGCAGCGCUUUGAGAUAGCAAAGUACUCCAGUGCUGAUCAGGUGGAGAUAUUCAGCAGUCUCCUGCAUAGAUCCCUCUCUCUUAAUGUUGGCGGUCCAAAGAGCAGCUUGAACCGCCAUGUAGCGGCCAUCGGACCUCGUUUCAGGUUGUUGACGCUCGGACUCGCCCUACUGCACUCGGACGUAGUGACCAAUGCCACCAUCCGUAAUGUCCUGCGAGAAAAGAUAUACUCCACCGCCUUUGAUUAUUUCAGUGUUGCAUCUAAAUUUCCCACCCAGGGUGACAAACGUCUUCGCGAGGACAUUAGCAUCAUGAUCAAGUUUUACGCCAGCAUUCUCUCGGAUAAGAAGUAUCUAGCAGCUAGUCAACUUGUGCCACCCGGUGAGCUUGGCACCAAUCCCCCUCAAAGCUCUCUUUCUGCCGGGAUUUUUGGAUCGCUAAUCGUUUCCAGCACGUCUCCGAUAUCGAUAUUAAACAACCAGGAUCCUUCGCUGAACAGUUUGUCGGUGAUGAACGCCGCCGACCCCAGAAACAACAUGGACAUGGCCGUGGGCUCGCGCCAGCAGAGCGCUCAGGGUUGGAUCAACACCGUCCCCCUGUCCAGCGGCAUGUCCACCACAUCCAAGAAAUCAGGAAUGUCCAAAAAGAGCAACCGAGGAACCCAGUUACACAAGUACUACAUGAAACGCAGGACACUACUUUUGGCUUUGCUGGCCGGUGAGAUUGAGCGACUGACCACGUGGUACAACCCACUGUCCACACAGGAGCUGGCCAUCGCCACAGAGCAGUCCGUGGAGACCAGCAUCUCCAAUUGGAGAUCCAAAUACAUCAACUUGAGUGAGAAACAGUGGAAAGAUAACGUUAAUCUAGCGUGGAGUAUCGCUCCUUACCUGGCCAUGCAACUGCCAGCCAGGUUUAAAAAUGCAGAUGCCAUUGUGGCUGAAGUGACCCGUCUGGUUCGACUGGAUCCUGGUGCUGUUAGUGAUGUCCCAGAGGCUGUUAAAUUCCUUGUGACGUGGCACACUAUUGAUGCCGACUCUCCAGAACUGAGCCACAUCCUCUGUUGGGCACCUGCAGAUCCACCCACCGGACUCUCGUACUUCUCCAGCAUGUAUCCCCCCCAUCCACUCACCGCUCAGUAUGGAGUCAAAGUACUGCGCUCCUUCCCUCCUGAUGCAAUUUUGUUUUACAUUCCUCAAAUUGUACAAGCUCUGCGGUAUGACAAGAUGGGUUACGUGCGUGAGUACAUAAUGUGGGCCGCACAGAAGUCUCAACUCCUCGCUCACCAGUUUAUCUGGAACAUGAAGACCAACAUCUACCUAGAUGAAGAGGGACAUCAGAAAGAUCCGGACAUCGGUGAGCUGUUGGAGCAGAUGGUUGAAGAGAUCACACAUUCUUUGUCUGGUCCUGCUAAAGACUUCUACCAGCGCGAGUUUGAUUUCUUCAACAAGAUCACCAACGUGUCAGCCAUUAUCAAGCCUGUUCCUAAAGGAGACGAGAGAAAGAGAGCGUGUUUGAAAGCGCUGUCAGAAAUCAAAGUUCAGCCAGGAUGCUAUUUGCCAAGCAACCCUGAAGCAAUCGUCCUCGACAUCGACUACAAGUCAGGAACUCCUAUGCAGAGUGCGGCUAAAGCUCCUUAUCUGGCAAAAUUCAAAGUCAAGAGGUGUGGAGUGAGUGAGCUGGAGAAAGAGGGCCUGCGCUGCCCGUCCGAAUCUCAAGAGGAAGCUGAUGAGAAUUCUGAAGCACCUCAAAAUGUCUGCUGGCAGGCAGCCAUCUUUAAAGUGGGCGACGACUGCAGACAGGACAUGCUUGCUCUUCAGAUUAUCGGUCUGUUCAAGAACAUCUUUCAGCUCGUGGGUAUGGAUCUGUUUGUGUUCCCAUACAGAGUUGUGGCCACGGCUCCUGGAUGUGGCGUGAUUGAAUGUAUCCCGGACUGUAAGUCACGUGACCAGCUCGGCAGGCAGACAGACUUUGGCAUGUACGACUACUUCAGGAACCAGUACGGAGAUGAGUCCACCCUGGCCUUCCAGAAGGCUCGAUAUAACUUCAUCCGUAGUAUGGCCGCAUACAGUCUGCUGCUCUUCCUGUUACAAAUCAAAGACAGACACAAUGGAAACAUCAUGCUGGACAGCAAAGGACACCUCAUACACAUCGACUUCGGCUUUAUGUUUGAGAGUUCUCCUGGUGGUAAUCUGGGCUGGGAGCCCGACAUCAAACUGACCGAUGAGAUGGUGAUGAUCAUGGGUGGCAAGAUGGAGGCCACUCCCUUUAAAUGGUUCAUGGAGAUGUGUGUGCGCGGAUACCUGGCCGUAAGGCCAUACAUGGAUGCUGUCGUGUCAUUGGUGACCUUGAUGCUGGACACCGGUCUGCCCUGUUUCAGAGGACAAACUAUCAAACUCCUCAAACAAAGGUUUAAUCCCAACAUGAGUGAGAAAGAAGCUGCUGCCUUCAUGAUUAAAGUCAUAGAGCGCUGCUUUCUCAGUAGCAGGAGCAAAACCUACGACAUGCUGCAGUUUUACCAAAACCAGAUCCCAUACUGAGACCGGACAUUCUCCUGUGAUCCGUCUUCUCUCCGUCUGCCAUUAUCAGUCUAUUAGAAUCCAUUAUGAGCACUUUAUAGAUCUGAAUUAUUCACCCGCCCUGAUUGGCACAUCCAGGUGUGUCAUUUCCUGUCGUGCUGCCUAAGGGCAUCUCUAGUGAUUCGCUGUAUUCAAUCACUGCAUGUAUGUUCUCUGAUCUCCCUUUAAGGCAUUUGCCAUGACGAUUAGUGUUUGUGUGAGUUUUGACAUUCCAUUCCAUGCGUUUGGAUACAUUCUAUAACUCUACUUGAAUCUUUACGUCUGGGUUUAGUUUGCGUCACCCAGAAAGCCAUUUCUAAGACUAUGGCACUGAUUGCACUGUAGAUUGCGUGCUGUCGGCAAAUGAACUGUGUUAUGCAAUACAUUUGUUAUUGUAUGUUGUGUUUGACACUGAAAAGCUGAAUCUCACAAAACCUGUGAAGAACCUGUGACGUCCGGAUCAUACUUUACUAUAAAAUUCAAAAUAAAUUAUUUUUUGCUUUCAGAAAAAGCCUAUUUAAAGGAAUAGUUCACCCAAAAAUGAAAAUUCUCUCAUGAUUUACUUAACUUUAAGCCAUCCCAGAUGUGUAUGUUUUUCCUUCUUCUGCAGAACCGAAAUUAUGAUUUUUAUAAGCACAUUUCAGCUCUGUUUGUCCAUGCAAUGUAAGUGAACAGGUGCCAUCAGGCUUCUGGCUGUUUGAUGGUUCAAAUGCCGUAUUUAGGCGGCAUAAAAGUAUUCCACACGACUCAGGUGGAUCAAGUAAUGUCUUCUCAAGCAAAUCAAUAUUUUUGUGUAAGAAACAAAUCGAUAAUUAAAAUGUUUUUAACUUGAAAUUGUUGCUUCCGGCCAGCAUUGGAUUGCUGUUUGAAAUGACCUAACUCUCGCUUGACGUUUGUUCACCUGUUGUAAACAAAGCGCGCGCUUCUGACUUCUCACGUGAACGUGCCAUUGUGCUUAUCUCACUGAUGUGUCGACUGCUGGCAGGAAUCAGUUUGCUUCUGAAGAAAUUAAUUUUACUUUUAUGCCGCCUAAAUAUGCCAUUUGAACCGUCAAACAGCCAGCAGCCUGAUGGCACCUGUUUACUUGCAUUGUAUGGACAAACAGAGCUGAAAUCUGCUUAUAAAAAUCUUCAUUUCGGUUCUGCUGAAGAAGGAAAAACAUACACAUCUGGGAUGGCUUAAAGGUGAGUAAAUCAUGAGAGGAUUUUCAUUUUUGAGUGAACUAACCCUUUAGGACUUUUUGCAUUUUUGUAACAAUUUAACACACUUUGCCCUCAAAUUGGAAUUUCUGUAAUGCAAAAAAAAAUAAAAAAAAGAUUAUUUAUCUUAAAUUUUAAAGUGUUUAAUCAUCCUGACGUAUUUGUCUUUAAUGCUGAUUUUAAUAAAAAAAAAUAUAUAUAUUAAAUUUUGAUUAUAUGAUAUGAAGUAUUACAGUAAGAAUUUGAGGGGAAAAUGUGAUGAGCUAACUCUUGUGAAAGUAACAUCACAAUGCAAAAAGUAUUAAUGGUCUUAAAAUAGGCUUCAUUGUCUAUAUGCAAAAUAUAAUUUCUGAUUUUGUAUUUUUAUUUAUCAUUUCAAAAUUUUGUGAGAUUCACCCAUAUUUCCCGUGCGUUUUCGACUAACCGGUAUCUUCAACCCAAAAAGGAACAUUUAUGUUUUACUGACUUAACAGAUAGAUGGAGAUCUUUGAUCAUUAUAUAUGUCUUUUUUUUUUUUUUUACAGUCAAUGGAAGAAUCUUGCUAAGAAAUGUCCAGGUCAUAUUUCAUGCUAGAAGCAAAAUAAAAUAAAAAGUGCAGCAAAUACAUAUACAGUUACACUUUACAAAUGUACUUUACAAUUGAAAUAAUAUAUAUAUAUAUAUAUAUAUAUAUAUAUAUAUAUAUAUAUAUAUAUAUAUAUAUAUAUAUUUAUUUUUUGCAUUUCAGUAAUGAGAAUUAUGGGUGUAAAUGUGUUUGAUUGUCAUCAAAGUAAUGCCACAAUGCAAAAGGUCCUGAAAACCAUUCUUUUUCUUUAUGCAAAAGAUGUUUAUUUCUUUUAAUUUUGGGAUGAAACAUGACCCGGACAUUUCUUGACAGUUGUCAUGAGAUUAGCUGUCUGAAUAGAUGAAAAAAGACAAGUAAUUUGUACAUAUUAGAAACACAAGCUUUAGUCUUACGAAUCAUUUGCGUUUAAUUUAAUGCAGAAAUCACAUUAUUUUAGCUGUAUAAUAGAAUAUAGAAGCUAUGCUCAAUUCAUCUGUGUGCAUAUAUGUAUGAUCGUCUUAUAUUUGUGACAGCAAGAAUUGUUUUAUCUGUUUAAUUUGAUUAUUUUAAUUGAUUAGCACCAUCGUUGACAAUCAAGUCACUUAUUGAAUUGUUUUGUGUGAACCUGACGUUAUCCUGUACCAAUUCUCUCAUGUUCACGAUUGUCAGUGGAAAGUAUGAAAACAAAUAUACCGAGAAAAUCUUCAUGAGUUGAGAUCGUUUCAUAACCUCAACAUUGACGCCAUUACCAAUGACAUAAAUGCUGUUUGUCCACAUUUGCACUUUUAAUAUUUCAUUGCUGUUAAUGUAAUCAAAUGUACAGAAAUAGAAGACCUAAGAUGAUCCAUUAAAAUAUAAACACUUGGACAGAAA